UUCAGUUUAAUUAAUUAACAGAAUUAGACGGGGGAGCUGAUCGAUCAUGAGAUUUUAUAAUGUUUCUAUUUUUGCAUCACUACUAUAUAAUACUAUAUUUUCCUUCUUGCUUUUUGUAAAUGUGAACAGUUUUGAUUCCUUCAUUCAGUUUCCCACAUUGGAAGAUUCAAGAGGCAAAUCAGUAUCCCUUCUUUACGUGAAUGAAUUUGGAGCCAAAGGAGAUGGCAUCACCGAUGACACUAAGAUUUUUCAAUAUGUUUGGAAAAGGGCGUGUGCUUCAUUCUUAAGACCAAAAAUUAUAGUCCCAAUUGGAUAUUCAUUCUUAGUUCAACCAAUUGAUUUUGUUGGGCCAUGCAGAUCAAAGAUUUCUCUAAUAAUUGAAGGUUCAAUAGUAGCACCAAAAGAUCCAAAAGUGUGGGAUAAAUUGGAUGCACAUAAAUGGCUUUAUUUUGUUAAAGUGAGACAUCUCACUGUACAAGGAGGAGGAACAAUAAAUGGGAUGGGCCAAAAAUGGUGGGCUACUUCAUGCAAGAUUAAUACAACCAAUCCUUGUCGACAUGCUCCAACCGCGAUGAGUUUCCACAAAUGCAACAACUUAAAAGUGAGGGACAUAAGGAUGCUAAAUAGUCAACAAAUGCAUAUAUCAAUUUCGAAUUGCAUAAAUGUUGAAGUAUCACGUAUGAUAGUAGAAGCACCAGCUAAGAGCCCUAACACUGAUGGAAUUCAUAUAACCUCAUCAAUACGUGUUGCUAUAAAAGAUUGCACUAUUCGGACAGGAGAUGAUUGUAUAUCUAUAGUCAACAAUUCUUCAAGUAUUCUAGUAAAAAAUAUUGCUUGUGGCCCUGGACAUGGUAUAAGCAUUGGAAGCUUGGGAAAAUCAAAUUCAUGGUCUCAAGUGCACAAUGUUUGUGUUGAUGGAGCAUAUUUUUCCAAUACAGAAAAUGGUGUCAGGAUUAAGACUUGGCAGGGAGGUAGAGGGUAUGUGAGAAGGAUUAGUUUUAUGAAUGUGUGGAUGGAAAAUGUAUCAAAUCCCAUCAUAAUAGAUCAAUAUUACUGCGAUUCUCCAUUCCCCUGCCCAAAUCAGACUUCUGGUAUUCAUAUUCACAGCGUAUCCUUCAUUGGAAUUAGAGGAACUUCAGCAACAAAAAAUGCAAUUAAAUUUGCCUGCAGUGAUAGCUCCCCAUGUAAAAAGCUAUUUCUGAAAGAUGUUCAACUUGUUUCAUAUUCGGGGCUCCCUACGGCAUCGUUUUGCUGGAAGGCAUAUGGAUCAACCUCAGGGCUAAACAAUCCACCUUCUUGCUUCAACUUUGUGGAACAGACAACAAAAAAUUUAUCCAAUUGGAGUGAUCAGUUUAUUUGAAUUAUUUUGGAUAAUAAUCUCAUAAUUAAUUUGAUCAAGGCAUAAAUUAAGAGGUUUAGCUUAAUUAUUAAAUCAUGUAUGCACAUUAUAUCCAAGGCAUGUAAAUUUUUGUAGUACUUGAUGAGAUGAGAAGGUUAUGAAUAAUCUAUCCUUUGAAAUUAAGGAUCUUGUAA